CCGAUUUCUAUGAACAACCGGACCAAAGCUAAUUUUUUUGUAUCAGGAUUUUUUGAAUGAAUGAUCUUGCUUGUCGUAGCCGAAUCCCGAGUCGAAUUACUUAUGGAUAAUGAUAAUAAAGUUGUUGCAUAAUAGUAGUAGUAGUAUAUAUUGCAACACCUAGUUGACUGCAGAACAAGUCAUCAUGGCACCCAUAAAUUGGGAACAGGUGAUGGGUGUAGACCUGGAUGCAAUAGAUGAGGAUGAAGGAGACCAGCUCUAUGCCAUGUUAGAAAAGGCUGAUACCCCAGGAAAAGACACGGAUGGUAAGAAGAUGCUGAGGCUGUUUGAAGUAACCAAAGCUGUGAUGAAACUUAAGGCUGAAGAGGCUGACGUUGCCCUUGACCAGCUGGAUAAAAUGGCUGAAGACCAGGGCAAAGAAUCAGCUAAGAAAGAACAAGAUUUAACGGAUCAGAUCCGAGACUUGGAAGAUGAAGUUACACGAUUAAGAAGAAUGGGGGAGUCAGGUGGGGGUUCGCGUGAUGUACGCAUGCUGCAGACGGAGAUACAAGAACUCACCAGACAGGUUGAUCUUAUGCAGGGGGAGAUCCGGGACAAGGAGAGGGAGUUAGAGAAAGAGCGGAAAGAGGUUGAACGGUUCAAUCUACGGGCAACAGAUGCAGAAACAGAGGCACGAGAACUUAAGAAAGAUAAUGAUGCGUUAAAACAUGACCUUCGAGAUUAUCAAAGGCAGCUUGAAUCGCAACGCGAGAGCUUAAUUAUGAAGCGUGGCGACGACUUUGAAGCACAGGAAAAAAUGAGAAAAAAGAACAGUGAACUUAACGAGCAGUUGGAGGAGAUAGGGAAUUUAACAGAUGCUAAUGAGAAGCUACAAGCUCAGGUGCUGGACAUGUCCAAGAAGUUGAGCGAUGCCGUUGAAGAGAUGGAAACCAUGACGGAAGACUAUGCCAAGCUCAAGCUGGUUCUCCAGCAGUCUGACACGGUCACAGAGAACAUCCGCAGAGAGAAUGAUAUUCUGAGAAAAGAGAUUCAGGACUUGUCUACCCAGAUGCAGCACCAGUCCAGUGGUGAUGAUGAGGUAAUGGAAGCAGUCAACCGGAAAGUUGAGGAAUGGAAGGUUUUACUGGGUCAAAAAGAUGAUGAGAUUGCAGAACUAAAUAGAAUAAUUCAAGAACAGAAGAACCAGAUCAUGGCAUCGCAGAUAGACACUGAGAAGUCUAGCAUUACCAUGCUUCAGCAGGCAGUGGAAGAGAAAAACAAAGUCAUCAAAGACUUGCGAGACCAACUGGAGGUAUAUACAGAUGAGUUCAAUCGGGUGACAGAGGAACUAGAGGAUCUUAAGGAUCAGGCAAAGGCAGGAGGAGCUCCAUCAAUCCGCCAACAAAAUACUAUCCGUCAGAUGCGUGACACGCUGCGUACCCAAGAAGAUGAGGUUAAAUCAGCGGAUGACCGGACACGCCAUGCUGAACAAGAUGCUCGUGAAAAAGAUCAACAGCUUAACGAGGCUCUUGCACGAAUGCGAGAAUAUGAAUCUGGAGAAUAUGGUCUUGCAGAGGCAGUGCAGGAGAUCAAGGAAUGUAAACGACAGAUAUCAGUUAGAGACAGAAACAUAGAGGAGUUAACUCAGCAUACAAACAAAUUGGAGAUGCAAAUGAAUGACCAGAUGGAGGAGAACGAGGAUUUGCGAGAGAGGCUCGGAUUGGAUCCCAAAGAGCCAGUGGAUCUUUCUGAUUUCCGUAAAAACCGAGCUGUUGUACAACAGCAAGACCGUGCCAUGAACCAGGUCUUGAUGAAAGAAGUGGAACGUUUGGAAGAAGAACGACUCAAUCUCAAAAAGCAAAUUCGCAUACUGGCUGCACAAAGAGGGCAAAGAGCUGUUGCACUUGGGUUAACAGCAGAUGAGAUGGUCGCGAUUGACGAGUUUACUGAAGAUCUUAAGCACGGACGCAAGACUAAGUUAUCUGACACGGUCACCAAGUUUAUGAGUGGUGCUAAGUCUGAAGAACCUUCCGACACAAUGAAAAUUAAAGCUGUACAAAUGGAGAAAGAAUUAGAAAAGGCUGACAAACUAUCGGAUAAAUACAGAACAAAAGCAGCUGAACUGGAGGAGAAGAAUAAAGAUUUGACAGAAGAAAACGAUAAGCUAGGCCGAGCAAUGAAAGAGAUCUUAGAGUCCCUAAAGGAGAGCAGUACCAAACCAGGUGGUCGAGAUGCCUACAUGCAUGUCCCAACCCUUGAGAAAGUGCUAGCCAUGAUGGAGGCUAAGACAGUAGAUGGUAAAUACGAGGCCCAAGUGUACUUAAAGGCUCAGGUUGACCAGCUAACAGGAAGGAAUGAGGAGUUACGUAGAGAGCUUCGUCAGGCUAGAACAGAUUAUGAAAAGGUUAGACUUGAUGCGGAGCGAUCCACUACAAAGAUUUUAAAACUUGAAUCUGAACUGGAGAUGCUACGUGAAGUUGGUAAGGGAGCUGUAACAGUACAACAGAUGCCUCUUCCUGCUUCAAUGGCCGUUACUAGUGCUGAUGUCAUUGGCUCCCUUAACGAGCAACUUAUCCAAGCCAUGCAGGAGCUUGGUAAUAAAGAGGAACUACUUGAAAAGUUUGAGGGGUCUAUAGAGGUGUACAAACGAAAGUUUGCAGUGAUGAGGCAUCAACAGGGACUGAUCUACGACGAUUAUGCCAAGGAAAAGAAAGAAUGGGAAGGAGAGCGAGAAAAAUGGAGAGAUGAGAAGAAGAAAUGGCAAGACCAACAAUCCGAGGAUUCAGUCAGAAUUAGAGAAUAUAACCGGCUCCUCGACACUCUUCAGCAAGAUGGUAAUGAGCAGCAACGACGCUUAGCAGAUAUGAGUCGUAAAAUGACGGUGCUACGUGUCAAUGAGAAGGCGCUUACUCGGCGCUACACUGCUUACCAGGAAGUGGAAGCCACGCUUAGAAAGGAAAGUAAUCGAACGCAUAAUGAAAUGGUACAGAUGGAGACAGCUGUAACUGAAAGACUGGGCUAUCUUCAGAGGCACAAGGAAUCUUCACAAUUCAAGAUCGCAGCUUUACAACGGGCUCUUGAUGACAGCGUACCGGCUGAUGAACUCAAUCAGCUAAUGCGGAAGUUCAAUGACCUCACCAUCAAAUACAGAGAUGUGAUUGAGACGGACAAUAAACUGGUCACUAGAAAUGCCCACAUUGACCAUCUUGAGAUGGAAAAUGAAAGGAUGCAGAAAGAAUGUGAGGAGGUGAAACAGGAGCUCUCCCAAGAAAAGGAGAAACUGCAUACCUUAGAACAAGCCAUGGAAGAACUUGGAAAGAUAGGAGUGAAGCGCAGUCAAGGUGCAAAUGACUCCCACUACUUGUCGAUAUCCAAGAAGAUGACCAUGCUGGAAAUGAAAGAGCUCAACGAACGUCAGAGGGCUGAGCAUGCUUCACGGAUGCAAGACCAGUUGAGAAAGACUGUGAACGAGCUUGAGAACAGAAACUUAGAAUUGGAGCAAAAGUUUGCUGAGCUUACAAAGAUGAACCUGGAAUCCCAGCGAAUUGAACGGGAGUUACGAGAUGAACUAGCAAAUGCAGUAACUAAAGCCAUUAGUGAUAUUGACAAGAAACGUAUUGCAGAACUUGAGAAAUCACAGUUGAAACUGAAAAUAGACAAUUCAAAACUUAAGGAAAUGGCAGAAGUAGCAUCAUUCCAGUCUAAGGCACUUGAAGCGCAACAAAUAUCACGUGAAAAGGAAGUAAUGUCACUGCGCCAACAGUUAUUAGAUAUUCAAACGCAGAGUGAUGAAAAGGCUAUAAUUGGUAAGCUACAUCAUCAUAUUGUAGCGCUGCAGGUGAGUGAGGGUACUGCUGUACGUAAACUGGAAGCUGCUAUCUCCAAGAUUAGAAAACUAGAAGCCCAUCUACUGACCCGCGAACAGCAGUUAGACGAGAUGGAGCAGUCACUGUACCACACAAAGGUGGAUGCUAGAAACAAAUCAAAGCACUUAAAAAGGACAAUUCAAGAGCUCCGUCGUCAGUUUAGUGGUGCUAUUCCUCUCAGCGAGCAGGAUAAAUUCUCCAAAGCAAUGAUUCAGAUGAGACAAGAUAAAGAACGUAUGGACCAAGAACUGAAAAUGGUUGCAUAUGAGAAAGAGAAAGUGGAGGAGAAGGUUGCAGAGUUAGAGGUUGGCAACAAAGGGUUGCAAGAACUGAUGGCAACUCUGAUGGAUGGCAAAGGUGCUAGCAAGGUGGCAGAAUGGCACUCUAAGAUUCAGCAGAUGAGACUGCAGGACCUUAAGCAUACACGGCAAAUUAAUCGACUGAGAGAACAGUUGAAGUACAAUGAAGGACUUACAUCAAACCAUGAGCGAACUGUUGCCGGUCUUGAAGAAGACAUUGUCCAGAUUCAGAGGGAAUCUGAAGAGAAGCAGCUGCUUUGGGAACAAAGAGAAGUUGAGCUGGAAAGAAUCAUUGAUAGUCUGGAGAAGCAACAGAAAGCAAUGGCAAAUGCUGCUCUUAGAUUUGAGGAAGCAACAGGGUCAAUGCCGGACCCUAGCUUACCUGUUGCCAACCAGCUUGAGCAUGCUAUGAGGACAAUCAAACAGCAUGUCAAAACUAUCUUGGACACCCGUGCUGAAAAUACACAACUUCAAAAGAAUCUCAACAGCAUUGAGAAGCAGCUGGCAAGAACUGAAGAGAAUCUUCUUGCGCGAGACAAAGUGAUCAAUGAACUGCGUCUUCGUUUGCCUGCAUCGGCAGAGAGGGAUGAGAUCAUCAAAAACCAAAUGGCAGAAGGUGUGCGCUACCAGCAUAUUGAGGAAGCCUGCCAACACAAGCAAGCCUUGAAAGUAGCCCAGGCCCAGAUAGAGUCGCUGCAAGCUCGCAUUCAACAGAAAGAGGAUGCAAUUCAAAAGUACAUUGAUCUGCUGGAUCAAUCACGCAGAGAGCAAGAAGAGGAGAAUAAAUUACACAUUCAAGAAAUACAAAACAUGCAGUUGAAAUUGCAUAGCCAAUCCGACAUGGCGUUUACCAAGUUUAAGCAGACAGCCAUGGAUUUAAUAAAUAAGCCAUCAGCUGCAAUACCAAGCAGUAAACAACUUCAAAGACUGUCAGAAUUGGAGGAGGUGGUAGCGGAGCAGGACAACGCCAUGUCCGCACUGUCCAUUAAGUUAAAACACUCUGUCACAGAGGUCGCAAAGUGGAAGCAAAUUAUGGAAAGAAAAACAGAAGAAUUCACCAAAGCUAAACAACUAAUGGAAAAAUCUCAUGACAAGGAAACUGAUGAAUUAAAAACAGAAAUCCGAGAAACAACGGAAAUACUUUAUCAGAAGGAAAAACAAUUGGAAUCAAUUGGAGAAGAACUAGACAGACAGAAACAGUUGAAUGCAAAAGCACCAAGCCAGACAAUGAAGACCUUGGUAGAUAGACUGAAAAAUGACUUAGCAUUAAAAGAAAAGCAACACAAGGCUCUGAGUCAAGCCCUGAUGACAGUGCGUGCCGAGAUGGUAGAAAUGGCACAAGACAAUGCAAAGGCUAAAGCAGAUGAACAGGAACAAGAUAUGAAUGUUCAGAAGCUUGUUGAUAGAGAAACAAAAAAAAUGAAGGAGCAAUUUGGAGAUGUUCAAGGCAAACUGGAAAAAUUUAAGCGAGAGCUGAAGAGGGUCAAAGGUCAUGAGAAAGAAAUUGAAACUCAAUUGCAAGGAAAAAAUGAGGAAAUUCUGAAGAAGAACUCAUUAAUUGAUGAGUUGAAGGAUGAGCGAGUGCGAUUGAAAGCUGAAAUUGAAGAUUUAGAAAAAGAUAUUGAUUUGAAACCUGUUCAAGAUGAAGGUAGCAACAAAACAGCUGAAUUACAAAAGAAAAUCCGCAUUCUAGAAAGAAGAUUGAACGAUGCAGAAACGAAGAAAGGCGAGAAAGGUUCAACUGCAAAGACAGAAGAAUCUGGGAUUGAAGUUGCAAGAUGGGAAGAAAAGAAGAAAUGGGAAAAAAGAGUUGAAGCUCUUCAGAACAAACUGAAAGAGAAAGAAAAAGACACAGAAAAAUUGAAGAAAAACAAUGAAAUGUUAAAAGAAGCCCUCAACAGAAAUGAAAAAAUACAAAUGAGCCGAACAACUGGUGUGACAUCGAGGAAACCAGCCGGGUUUAAACCAACUCCCCCCAGCAGAAGUGAUCCAAAGAUUGAGGAAUUAAAACAACAAAAUUAUGAACUUGAGGAAGAGGUUGCUUCCUUGAGGAGACAGCUGGCACUGGGAAAUGCCGGUGCCCUUGCCGAGGUGGAGAAAAGAAAUGAAAUACUGACCAGUAAGAUAUCAGCUAUGGAAAAUGAAAUGUCAAGGCGACUUGCAAGUAACGUACAGUUAGAUUCAAAUGCUUUGUUGGAAGGAAGAGAGGAAGAACUUCAGAAACAGCUUCUGAAAUUGACAGAGGAGAACAUUGAGCUAAAAUUUGAUGCAGAGCAGGCCAAGAAAGACGUGCCUCGUUUGAAAGCUCGGAUCACCGAUCUUCAACAAUACACAGAAGUGCUGAAGGAGGAUUUGGAGAAGGAGCGCCAGAAGUUACUGCGCAGCAGCUCUGGCAGUCUCCGAAAGUCUGGUGGAAGCAGUGGAAAGUCUGUUCCUGAAUUAGAACGAAUAAUUGGACUGAUGAAGAAAGUGGUAGAGAGAGUUCAGUCAGAGAAUGAACAACUGAAGAAGGCUCCAGGAGUUGUGACCCAAACAGAAAUACAUAGUUUACGAGAAAAAAAUAAAGAAUUAAAAAGUGAACUAGAAAAGGUAAAGUUAACAUAUGGGGGCCAGUUAAGUCAGCGUUAUGAGAGCUCGCAAAAAGGAAUAGCAAAAGUUGCAUCCGAAAAUGAGAAAUUAAGACGGGAACUAAAGAAGGAGGUUGAAGAUAAUAAAAAACUAAGGUUAAGCAAGAGCCAGAUGGAAGUGGACAUGAACAAGACAACACGGGAUCUGCAGCAGAGUCAACAAAAGCUGGAACUUGAGCAGGCCCGUGGGGUGAAGACAGAAGCAUCCGACAGCAAGAGUUGGAAAUCCAUCGUGGUCACCAGGAUGUACGAAGAAAAAAUGAAAAAUAUGGAGCUCGAUAUAGAAAAAAAAAGUUCUACUAUACAAGACAUGAAGCAACUGCUACGAGAUGCAGCCCAGAGGGAACAGCAGAUGAUCCAUGAGGUAGAGGAACUCAAGCAGAAGAUCAUUGUUCUGGAGAGAUUCCCAAUUGAUGCCAAUACAGAUGAACAGCUGGUUCAACACCUUCAAAUGACCAGGUUAACAAAUGAACGGUUAGAAAAUGAAAAGGCUGAACUGUUGAAUGAACUGAAACUUUUUCGAAGACAAGGUGCUUCUUCCUCGUCUGGUCCUACAAGUCAGGAUGAUCUUUCAUCAAACCGUUUACCUAAUUCUGACAAGUUAUUAACAGAAAUCGUUGAGCUAAGAACCGAUUUUAAAGCAGUGCAACUUGAAAGAGACAAGCUACAGAUACAGGUUGAACAGCUUCAGCAAGAACUGGAACAGUUUGAUCCAAACUUUUUCGAAGAGAUAGAAGAUCUUAAAUUCAACUACAGAGAAGCAAUUGAGAGGAAUAUUAAAUAUGAGGAUCAAUUAAGGAACUUUUCUGAUCAGUUUGGUGUUUCUAUAGAUAUUCCGCCUUGAAAACUGAUCAAGACCACCAAACUAAUGUUUUUAAAAUGCUAAAAGUGUUGUGUGUCACCAAAUGUUUGUAACAUGCAAAAGUGAUUUUAUCAGAAUGAUUAACAGAAAUCUACCAAAAUAAUGUUGUAUUAAUACAGACCGUAUUAAACAUUGCACCUAUGCAAUUUACACUACAAAUGAUAUGAACAUGAUAAAAUGUGCCCGGGGUGCCAACUAAUCUAUGUUUGUAAGCAUUGUUUCAUUUUGAAACAAGCAAUUAGUCAGUUUAUCUAGGUAAGUAUCACUCAUAGACCAACAACAUCACUUCUGAUUUGUGGGAUUACUUUUAGGUAAUUAUUUUUCAACCAGGAGUUAUUCAAGAUGACCGGUUGGUUGUUAAGAAUAUAGCCCAUGCCAUAGAUUCUUGAUACUCUUGGCAGAACACUCUCCAUGAAAUAUGGUUGAAUACAAUUAUUUUGUGUGAAACUUAUAAUAAAUAAAUGAAUAUCUUAAUUCAUUUAAGGUACAAGAGUCAUCUUUAUAUGGUAGUUUAUCCUACCAUAUUGAAAUGUAUACUACAAUUACUGUUUAUUAUUUGUGAUGAUUUUGUUUGUACCUCUGUGAUAGAUUCUGCUAUAUGUUUAUUCUGUUGAAUGAGGUUAUUAUUUUGUUCUUGAUAAAUAAUCUACAAAUUUACUCUCCUAUUUUUAAUUAUUUAGAAAUGACUGAAACUAGAUAAUAUACAAUUUAAGGUAUUUUAAUUGUUAAUGUGUACUAAAGUUUCACUUGCAAUUUAGAUCCUUUACUGUUUAUCAUUGUAUUUUAAUUAGGUUUAAGCCAUAAAAAAAUGUUUAACAUAGUGAGUAAUUAGGAUAAAUGAUUUUUGCAGCAGUUAAUGUUUAUGUAUGUAUAUUGGUUUCAGCAUAUGCAAUAAAUGAGGUAAAAUUAUUUAUAUCUUAA